CACUAAAGCUUCUCCCCAACAUUCUAUAUAGAGAUACCAAGAGAAUCAUAGUGAGAGAGAUGGACGUUAGAGGAGGAUGUCGCAUAGCAAGAUAUGGUGGUUACGGUGGUCGCUACGGUCUCUCCAAAGCCGACCGAAUCAUGCUUCGGUUCCGACCAAUUGCUCCCAAACCAUCCAGCGACGGCGGACGCCUAUCUCCCGGCGCCGGAAAGUAUGGCUCCACUACAACGAGCGGUGGCAGCUCCGACCUCUCCGGUAACACCAAGGGAGGAAAGAGGAAGUAUCACAAGGAGAGUUCUGGCGUUAACUCCCGGAGGUGCAACAAGAGAAAAAGACCAGACACUACAACCACUGUUACCUUGUCUCUUUUACCAGAGACAAGAGUUUUUCAAGAUCUGAAUGUGCCUCCCGUGGAGAAGAAGACGCAAAACGGUCCAUUAUGGCUAAGCUUCAGCGGCGGAGACGGUGGGAUGCCAACACUGUACAAGACGGCGGAGAUCUCGCAAAGAACGGUGGUUGUAUCGUCGUGUGUGACGGUUGAGCGUGUAACCGACGCUUGGAACGACGGAUAUGGAUUAGGGAAGACCAAUGAGGAGAGGAAGAUGAAUCUAGCGAGAGACACUUGUCCAGGGUUUAUAUCGGACGGUGUAGGGAGAGUCACGUGGACCAACGAGGCGUAUAGGAAGAUGGCGAAGGAAGAUAUUAAUAUUCCGGUGGAGGACGAUGCACCGGAGAUAAGUUAUGAUAAUUUUCACGUGAUUGUACGGUUGGUGAUGAAGGAGAGGCCCAUGCUCACGUACCCGGCCUUCACAUGCAGAGUUAGACUACAGUACACGUGUCAAGAUCGUGAAAGAGGAUCGGUCACGGUGCCUUGUGACGUGUGGAGGAUGGACGGUGGAGGUUUUGCGUGGAAGCUUGACGUUAAGACCGCUUUAUGCCUGUAACUUUGUAUGAGUCACAAUGCUUGAUUCAUCCGGAUAUGCCUAGAAGCGGCACAAUGCUUGAUUCAUCUGGAUGUGCUUACAACCGGCCAUGUGUUUGAUUCAGUGAUGAAUGGUCCCAAUAAUAUACAGAUGGCCACCGUAUGACAAACGUAACUAGUGCUGAACUUUGCUUAUUAAUAUUUUCACCUUGAACUUAUGUUAUUAGUCAUUUAGUCUGCUUCUUAUGAUGCUUUAAU